AUGGAUCACUCAUCCUAUACCCACAAUGAUGGUCCCUCGAGGAUGCUGGUGCCCGAAACUGCCCAGCAUGAUGAUGACCUCUUGAACACGGUUCUGGACAUUCCCAUUGAUAAAAAUCGUAUCGUCACACGAGCUCCCGCAGAGCCUUUCCGCCUCACGUUUCUGGAUGCGACCUGUCUCGUGAUAAACCGGACAAUAGGAACUGGCAUUUUUAGUGGUCCUCAGGAGGUGAUGAAGGGCUGUCGCAGCCCUGGCAUCGCCAUCCUCAUGUGGUGUCUCGGAUGUGCAUACGGCCUGGUGGGGUCACACGUCUACGUUGAGUACGGGCUCAAUGUGCCCCGCUAUGUCGUCAACGGAGUCGAGCAAUCGGUCCCACGGUCUGGAGGAGAGCUCCACUAUCUCCAAUAUGUGUUCCAGUGGCCGCGAUACCGCAAAGGAACGAUCAUGCUGAGCGGCGUCAUGUUUGGCAUUUGCUUCAUCUGCGUCGGCAACAUGGCCAGCAACUGCAUCGACUGCGCGCUGCGCAUCCUCCAAGCAGCCAAUCCCGAGAAAUCCGCCCUGGAUCUCAGCAAGGGCAGCGUGUAUGGCAUCGCCAUUGCAAUUGCAACGAUUACCUGUUUCAUCCACGCCUUCUCUCGACGCGGUGGAAUUGUCCUCAACAACGUCCUUGCUUUUGUCAAGGUCUUUUUAAUGAUUUCCAUGAUCAUUUCAACCUGGGUGGUUGCCGGUGGGUGGUCAGGGAUAUGGGGCUACCGCCAGAAUCACAUGAAUGAUGACCUCGAUAAGGAGGUUCUUGAGUCUGACAGUGGUGCGAGCGGAUACGGACAGGCGUUUAUCACCGUUGUCUUCGCAUAUUUUGGAUUCUAUCAACCCAACUACGUCUUGGGUGAGACACAGAACCCACGGAGGAAUCUACCGAGAUCUGUUUGGUGGGGCAUGGGCAUCAUAUCCGUGCUCUAUAUAGCUGUCAAUAUUUGCUAUAUGAUCAUCGUCCCGGCCAGCGCACAGAUUCACAACAACGUAGCUCAGGAGUUCUUCCGACGAAUAUUCGACAAUGACAGACAAGCCAACCGGACAUUGAAUGCAUUUCUCGCCAUCUCGUCUUUCGGGAACAUUGUGGUCUGGACAUUUACCGCCGCUCGAAUGAAGCAGGAGAUCGCAAAGCAGUGCUUCAUCCCCUUUGCUGGAUUCUUCGCCAAGAACAAAGACUUCAGCCUCGGAAGGUUUCUGGUGUGGCUCGAAAGCGGGGGCAGGCAUCCGCAUGGCCGAAGGAUCACGUUCCUGAACCCACAGAAUCACAGGGAGAAGACGCCCGUUGGGGCCCUCGUGCUCCACCUCGCAACGUGCAUCGCUCUCCUCAUGGCAACAUACGGUGCCUCGGUAAACAACGCCUACAUAAUCUUAUCGAAACUCUUCACUUACAUCCUCGCUGGCUGGUUUGGGAGCUUCCUAGCGAUUGGUAUCCUGAUUCUUCAUUUUCAUGGCCCGCCCACGACGGAGCCAAUUCAGACACCGAACUACAACCAGGUCCCAGAGCAAGAGCCGGUCCAAAAGAGCUGGAGUCAAAUGAUCAAAGGGACAGUAAAUCCAAAGGUGGGAAUUGUCUGUGCGAUUCUGUAUCUUAUUGGCAACAUGUUCCUGGUCACGAUGACAUGGGUCCCCCCCACGCGAUCGUGGGUCUCAGAGGGGACUUCAUGGUACGUCGUCCCACUCGCGGCAUGGAGCGUGCUUGCCUUCUCGGCACUGUGGUUCGUUGGAUUUUACGGUAUAGCCGCAUUCCGCAGUCGCAUAGGCCGCAAGAAGUUCGUCUACAUGACCGAACCUGAGUUUGAGUCUGCCUUGAGGAGCAGAGAGGUCGUGGAACUCGACGAUGCGUCUAGACGGCACCGUGGCGGCCUGAUCCUCUGUCACGAAACCAUUUACAAGGGAUGGCAGGGCACGGAGACAAAGGAUUUGGAGACACCGGCCGUGGCCUAA